AUGGAGUCAGGCUUCUUACAAGCCUUCACUGAAGAACUCAACUGCUCUAUCUGCCUGAGCUACCUUACAGACCCAGUCACCAUAAGCUGUGGCCACAGCUUCUGUCGAGCCUGCCUCCACCUUUCCUGGGAAGACGGUCUCUUCCCAGGCCAGUGUCCUUCAUGUAGGGAGCGAACCAAGCAGAAGGAGGACUUCAGAACCAACAUUGUUCUGAAGAAGCUGGUGUCCAUCGCCAAACAAGCCAGCCUCAUGAAGUACCUGAUUUCGGAGGAGAAUAUGUGUGUGAUCCACAGGGAGCCCAAGGGGAUCUUCUGUAUGGAGGCCAGGAUCUGCCUCUGUCAGCUCUGCUCUGACUCCCUCAUGCACAGAGGUCACAGACACUCUCCCAUUGAAGCAGCUGCUGAGGGUGAACUGGAGAGACUUCUAAAACAAAUGACAUCUUUACAGGAGAAGAUCCAAAAAAUUAAAGAGAAUCUAGAGGCAGAGUGCAGAAUGAAACUUUUGUUUAGAAACUUCCUGGUUAUGAGGGAAGACAUGAUCAGGACAGAGUAUAGGAAAUGGUGUGCAGUCCCACAUGAGCAGGAAGAUCAACAUAUUGUGCUCAUGAAAAAUGAAGGCGAUUGUGUUUUAGAGAAACUCGGAGAAAGUGAAGCCAUGAUGAUCCAAAAGAGAAAACAACUAAGCGAAAUGUUUCAGGAACUCAUGGCGAUGUCCCAGGAGCCAUAUGUGAUAUUACUCCAGAGUUUGGAUAAUAUAUUGAGAAGGAGUGAGGCAGUGGAGCUGAGUAUACCCCAAGCUAUGAAACCAGAACUCUCUGCCCUCCCCAUCACUGGACUGACUGAAAGUUUCAACCACUUCAAAGUGCACAUUUCCUUUGAAAAACUACUUGAAUUGCAUUGUAAGAAGAACCUAUUUAAUGUCAUGAGAAGAGCCAGCUUCGAACUUCACCAUCAGUAUACAUCUGUGGAUCCUGCUGGACACUAUUUGGCCUCCUGGGGAUCACGGAACUUCAUCUCAGGGAAAUAUUACUGGGAACUGGAUUUGAAGGACUCUAGUGACUGGGCUGUAGGAGUCUGUACCAAUUCCUGGUUAAUGAAUAGAAACAAAGAAGUUGAAACUGAGGGUGCAUUUCUUCUUUUCUGUAUGAAGGAGGGUAGUCAUUACAGUCUCCUCACUACAAACCCAGUAAUCCAUCACUAUAUAGAGAAGCCACUGGACAAGAUUGGUGUGUUCCUUGAUUGUGAUUCUGGAUAUUUAAGUUUCCUGAAUAUUGCCAAGAGUUCCCUCAUAUACAGAUAUCCUCAUAAGACUUUUAAGUACCGUGCCUGGCCUUUCUUCUCCUAUGGUCAAAUAAUACCAUAG